AUGACUUCUAUGAUCCAUUAUAUCAACGUGUUUACCUCGUGCAAGAGGAUCAAGAUCUCAAAAAGAGCGUGGCUGAUCUAUGAUGCGGAGGUGCUAUGCAAAUCCUUAUAUGUUCAACAAGAAAGAAACGUUCUGGACAAUAUUUCUUUCAUUACAGACCAGAGUCGGCCGCAUGUGAGGAUUUUACCUCUCCAUGUGGUGCAAGUUGAGCCUGGCAGUGCUCUUCUAAGGGUUGAUCUGCGAAGACAUGCAUCGCAAGAGACAGAAAAGGCAUACAAAUACAUGUUUGAGACCAGAAAGAAUAACUAG